AUGGCACUGAACAUGAUGACGGGGCGGCGCGCCCUGAACGGGGCCUUGCGUCCCAUCAUCGCCGCACCCAUCAGCCAUGCCUUGCGCCGUACAUACGCCACGGCCGAGCCGGACCUCAAGACGACCCUCAAGGAGGUCAUCCCCGCCAAGCGGGAACUUCUCAAGAAGGUCAAGGCCCACGGGUCCAAGGUCAUCGGUGAGGUCAAGGUAGAGAACACUAUCGGUGGCAUGCGUGGACUCAAGGCAAUGGUCUGGGAAGGCUCCGUGCUCGACGCCAACGAGGGCAUCCGUUUCCACGGACGCACCAUCAAAGACUGCCAGAAGGAGCUGCCCAAGGGGAAGACCGGCACUGAGAUGCUGCCCGAGGCCAUGUUCUGGCUUCUGCUUACAGGCAAAGUCCCCUCGGUCAACCAAGUGCGCCAGUUCUCGCGCGAGCUUGCCGAGCAGGGCCAGUUGCCCGCUUUUGUCAACAAGCUCCUCGACGACUUUCCCCGCGACCUCCACCCGAUGACCCAGUUCGCCAUCGCCGUCUCCGCACUCAACUACACCUCGAAGUUUGCUAAGGCGUACGAGCAGGGGCUCAACAAGGCGGACUACUGGGAACCCACCUUUGACGACUCCAUCUCGCUGCUCGCCAAGUUGCCCACCAUCGCCGCCAAGAUCUACCAGAACUCGUACCGCGGGGGCGGCGCUCUGCCCGCUGAGAUCGACCUCGAGCAGGACUGGUCCUACAACUUUGCCGCCAUGCUCGGCAAGUCUGGGCCCGAAAACGAGAACUUCCAGGACUUGCUGAGGCUGUACCUGGCUCUGCACGGUGACCACGAGGGAGGCAACGUCUCUGCCCACGCCACCCACCUUGUCGGCAGCGCCCUCAGCGACCCAUUCCUCAGCUACAGCGCCGGUCUCCAGGGCCUCGCCGGGCCGCUUCACGGUCUCGCCGCUCAAGAAGUCCUCCGCUGGAUCCUCCAAAUGAAGGAGGCUAUCCCCUCCACCUACAAGGACCAGGACGUGCACGACUACCUCUGGUCGACCCUGAACUCCGGCCGCGUCGUGCCCGGCUACGGCCACGCCGUUCUCCGCAAGCCCGACCCGCGUUUCGAGGCGCUGAUGGAUUACGCCGCCGCCCGCCCAGAGAUUGCCAACGACCCUGUCUUCCGCCUGGUCGAGGCCAACAGCCGCAUCGCGCCCGAUGUGCUCAAGAAGCACGGCAAGACCAAGAACCCGUACCCCAACGUCGACAGCAGCUCGGGCGUGCUCUUCCACCACUAUGGCUUCCACGAGACGCUGUACUACACCGCCACCUUUGGUGUGUCGCGGGGUCUGGGCCCGCUGGCGCAGCUGAUCUGGGAUCGCGCGCUCGGCCUGCCGAUUGAGCGGCCCAAGAGCAUUAACCUGGAGGGCUUGCUGAAGCAGGUGGAGGGGCAGUAA